GGAUUCUGACGCAGGCAUCACACGGGAUCACUCCACCACUACGCAUUCUGCACAUACACCACCCGCAUUGGAGGGCGCAGUAUCGAUUCUGCUCAUCUGUGUCGGCGUCCCAGAAUUGAUUCGCGUCUCUGGGAGUGAGAAAAAAAUGUCCUCCUGUCCCGUUUUUUUCUGUCCGCGAGCAUCAUUCAUCCGGAUAUGGUCGACAAAAUGUUUCCGUUUCGUCUUCCGGCUUCUGGUUCUUAUGGCGGGCAUCAGAAGGGCACUGUUUCCACAUCCACUGCUCUUGGCGUGCCUCUCUUCCCAGGCAGCAGGAGACGAGACAUCAGGGCAUCAAGCCGAAAUGGAAGAAAUGUUUUCACCGGUGACAUCAUCAAAUGACCCGGUGAUAAGCCAGCUAGACAAAUACUUCGGCUACAACGUGGCGCACCAUCUGGGGCAUUUGCACGCGUACGACGCGUCACUGCCGAGUUGCGAACCUUUGGUCGCGAGGGAAGUAGAGCAUAGAGCCCCCGCGGUUGACUUUGACGGCUUCUCGGCCGCUGAAGUGAAGGGGCUGUCGGGUGAAAAUCGAAAUCACGAUAGAUCUUCACUCCCGAGACGAAUCUUGCAAGUUCAAAUCGGACGAAAGGUAGCUCAACAAAUCUCACCAACGCUGAAUGAUGAAGCUAGGGUUGAAGAUGCCCCCGAGCUGCCUCCUGUUGCAGUAACGUCGACUGUGGUGAAUCACGAGCAUUUUCUCAGGUCCGACUUUAUUCCGGUUUUGAAGAUCAACAGUACGACGACAACACGACCAAAUGUUGAUAUUUCACUUUCACGAAACGCAGCAACGGUAGCGGAACCGCAAGUCGUUCCGGUCUCUGAUCACUUGACCUGGUUCCGUCUCGCGCUGGCGGAUCCGGAGCACAAGGUCGGAGAUCUAGAGCAGGUUUUUCGCUCCACCGACCGCUAUCACGCAAUUGUGGUGGAUGUUGUGUCAUCGCUUGAUGAUGACAGUGAAAAUCAAAUAAAUUAUGCCGUCGAUGCUGAAGUUAAUCAAUAUUCGCCCGCAGCAGCAGCUUCUCCUCAUGCAGCCGUAGAGCAGGAGGCGGCUACUCCUACUCGGCGUAGGCCAGUAGUAGAAUCAGGACUACUUGGCGGAACAACCGGGCUGGCCGCUCUUCUCGGUAAAGUGCUGCACAAGGCGCAAACAUUCUGUAGUCGCAUCAUUCUACGAGUAAGCAGCUCCAUAUCUUUGAAGAGGAGCUCCACAACAACUACAGUGUCACCAGAGCCAGCAUUGCAAGAAGAUGCGAUCGUGUCCCUGAAGCGCGAAGUUCUGAAGAUGGGAGGAGAAAACGCCACCGGCUGCGUCCUCCUGGACCACGAGCAGCUGCCACGAGGAACAAAUAAUAUAUUUCAGAGCCGCUACUACUUCGCCGUUUCUCUGAACAUGAACGCGUGGUCGCAUACGAAGCACCUCGCAGAGCGGCUUUUGCAGCAACGAGCCGCGCACGCCGACGAGCAAAGCUACAACCGAUUUGGGCCGCCCUACCUCGGUAUGAGUCCGGUGACCACGCUGUUUAUGUACGUGCACAGGGAGAUGUGGAAGAAAUUGCUGGAACGACAAGAAAUGGUGAAAAGGACCACGAGCUCAAGUGAAGUUGAUGUGCAUCAAAGCGAUAAAAUAGAUAAAGUGAACUUUCCGUCUGCUGCAGAAGGAGAACGACUUGCAGCUGAGCGGGCGCAGCCAGAUGAAAGCAGAUACCAUCCGGACGAUUUUAGUCCCCUAGACCACAACGAGUGGGGUAUGGUAAACGCGUUCUACACACUUCCGCUCGCCCACUGGACCGAAGUGCAGCGGUUGCGGGACUUGGAGUCUAAGUAUGGAGACGGGUGCGGACGAGAUGAUCUGACCGUGAACUUCGUGGCGCAUCCGGACUCCCGGGUGAGCGGGGAUUUCGCGCAGACCGUGGUGGACACGAGUGCCGCGGCGGUCAAAAAAAACGAGGAAAUAAAUCAUGAAGCGCCGCCGGGGGCCACGCCAGCUGCAACUAAACCAAGCGCAAGUGCCGGUGGACAACAUGAGCAACAGAGUUCGCCUCAAGUUGUAGGAAAAGUGACCAAGACCGCCGUGCUCCUUGGCGGCGACCGCAUGCGCAAUUCCUUCCAACGCGGGUGCAAGUCGCACAACUACGCCCCGCACUACGUGCGGCAUUUGUGGCAUCUGGUGAAACGAACUAAACCCUUCGCGGUCAUUGAAGUCGGGGUGCUCCGGGGCUCGGGAUUGGCGAUGUGGUCGGAUUUUUUUCGGGGGAACGCGGAGGUGCACGGUUUCGAUUUGGAGACGAAAUUUGCGUUCGAAAACCGGAAGUACCUGGUGGAAAGAGGCGCGUUUGGCCUGGUGGGGCCGGACGAGAGGACGAGUGAAAAUAUAUCAGCAGGGGAGAGCAGUGUGAGUGGACCAGCGCGGGGACCUGCUCAGCAGGGUGAAGUAGAUGAUGAUAGCGUCACAAGUUCUGGUCCUCCACCUUGCGAGUGCGCGACGAGGACCAACAGCGAUAAGAAAUCGCAAGACCACCACGACGCGUUUGAGUUUUUUUCUCUCAAAAAGUACUCGGUUCAGGAGCAUCUGCAGGUGCCUGCGGCGAGCCAAUUAGAAGCCGCCGCCGACGCUUGCGCGGCGAGAUGCUCGCGAUUGCCUCUGGACGUGCACGACCAGCAUGAGGGUCGUCCUGCCUCAGAUCAAAACAAUGUCAUCGAAGUGAAGCACCACAAUGCGCCGUACCUCUACAAGUUUGACCAAACGACCGUCUCGCAGACGUUGAUCAAUCGUGUGGAGCAGACGCUGAGCUGGCCAGCAGCAUCAUCGACGUCUUCCGUAAUAGGAUCCGCAGGAGGUAGCAGUUCUUCAACAACAUCAGUUUCAUCUCGGCCCCCGGUGCUCCUAGUAAUCGACGACGGCAAACACGAUUCCCAGACCGCGUGGAUCACGUUUCGAACCUUCAUCGGCUUACUGUCCGAGAGGACGAGUCAGCAGGAGCACAGAAACCAGAAAGAUGAUGAAAAGCUUCCGUGGGAGGACCAAAAUGAGUUCUACCAAAACGACGGCGCUUUGUCCUCUUCACCGAUCGUAGGAGAUGAAACAGGGUCCUCGUCGACGUCCCGAAGAUCCUUUUCUCCGCCUGCUGCUCCUUGGGUGUAUGUGAUCGAGGACUGUAUGUGCAACACGUUUGUGUUUUUGUUGCAACAGAAGAGACCGGAUCUAUUCAUUUACAAGUACUGGAACGGACACAACUCAGAUCUGAUUUUCAUUCAGCCGACGCGGGUCGAAGACCAGAAAAUAUCAGGAGGAUCUCAUUGGUCAUGGAGAAAGGGCAAAGCCAUGUACAGCUCCACCGUGGUUUGA